GAAGCCGCGGCGGCUGGCGCCGCCUGCGCGGCGUGCGCUGUGGGCGCGGCGGGCGCCUCCGGCGCAGCGCGUGCAGCCGGCUUUGCUGCCGACGCCGCCGCGGCGGCGGCCACCGUGGGGCUCUGGUCGGCAGUGGCCGCCUUCGCCUGGGUGGCCAAGCUCGCCGCCAGUGCCGCGGCCCCGCUGGGCGCCAUGCUUGGCCUCGUGCCAGGUGGCGGCCUUGGCGCCGCGCGGAACGACUUCGGCGAUCAGAAGAACACGGCCGGCUUCUGGGACCAUGCUGGUCUCCAGGCUGACAGUCUGAGCACGGCCGCCCGACCAUGUUGGCGACCAAGGGCCACAUCAUGUCCGAUAUCACCGUCAAGCUGCGUGGCUGCCUGGCGCCAUUGCAGGACCCGGUGUGCUUCUGGGGCCCUGCUGGGUCACCGGCUCCUUAGAAGCAGCUGCAGGGAAGCAUUCCAGGGGUGA